AUGUCAACGAGCUUCCUCAGUCUCCCUGCCGAGCUUCGCAAUGAGAUAUAUACAUGUCUUUUAGUGUACAGCGAGCCUAUUGAUCCCUGGGGUGGAAAUCAUGGACUCGAACCUAAUCUCCUAGCCACGAACUCGAAAAUCCUUCACGAGGCCAGGUCGCUACUCUACGGCAAUAACCGCUUUGACCUCACCGUGAUGAUGCCUGACCUUAUAUCUCGCUUUCUUGAUACGAUUGGCUUUAUCAACGCAUCUCAUCUUCAGUGUAUCCGCAUCGACUUUCCUAGACUUCAUGUCAUCGAAGACGAAGUCAGCCUGGAAGAAGACAGCUUUUAUAUAUUGGAAAAGAUCCAGUCACACUGCACCAAUUUAAAAACGCUCAUAACAUCCUCAGAAAGCACAAAUGCUUUAGAAACCGUGCUAGAUCUAUAUGACAGCCCUAACAUCUGUGCGAAGGCGUUAGCGCUGGUUGCUGCUCGCUUCCAAGAAAUUCCAUCUCUCAAAGAAAUCGUCGUCGAGGUUUACGAGGAAGGUCCAAGCCUAGAUAUCAGAAGAAAAAUGAAGAGUCAUGGAUGGAUAGUCAAUGUGGUGGAGCCAUUGGAAGAACUGGAGUGGGAUUUUGAUGCGUUAUCGAAUGAUCAUGAGGAUGAUUAUGAUGAUUACGAUGAUUACGAUGAUGACGAUGAUGAUGACUAUGAUAUUGAUAAUGACAGUGACUUUUGGAGAAGAGCGGCAGAUUGA